CAGGAGGAAGACGCCUCUCUGUUCGCUCUCUCAGCUUCUGGAUCAGAUUCUCCUGAUUCGGGGUUUCAGGAUCGGAUUCCUCCAGAGAAUUUAGGCAAAGUGCUGAAGAGCUGCAGCUGGAGCGACCCGUUCAGGCGGUUCUGGAAAUCAAGUGGAUUUUUCUCCUGGUUAUUUCUGAGUCAAUGUUCUGCAGAUGUUUCUGUCCUGCUGUGACGGGAGGAAAACCAGCUGGAACUGAUCAAACAGCGUUGGCUAAGUGGGUCAGAACCGGACCUGUACCAUGUGAAACUGAACUCCUGCAAACUUUGCCGGAUUACCCAGAACCCUUCGCGCGGUGAGGACGGGAAUGCGGCUGCAGCUGGACCUGAAGGAUCAUUGUUGGGUCUGAUCAUGGGUCAACCCCGUCGCCGUUAAACCCGCUUCUCCUGGGGGUCAUGAGGUCCGACCCGGACUGAAGACAGAUCCAGACCCAGAGGGAUCCGGCUCCUCGGGGAGAUGGCAGCGGCCAUCGCCAGCUCCCUGAUCCGACAGAAGCGCCAAGCGCGAGAGUCCAACAACGAGAAGGUCGCCACCAACAAGAAGCGCUCCAGCCCCAGUAAAGACCCGCGCUCUCUCUGCGAGAGACACAUCUUCAGCGUCUUCAGCAAGGUCCGAUUCUGCAGCGGGAAGAAGCGGCCGGUUCGCCGGAAACCAGAGCCGCAGCUGAAAGGCAUCGUGACGCGUCUCCACAGCGAGCAGGGCUUCUUCCUGCAGAUGCUUCCCGAUGGGACCAUCAGCGGCUGCAAAGACGAGAACAGCGACUACACUCUGUUCAACUUGAUCCCGGUGGGGCUGAGGGUGGUGGCCAUCCAGGGCGUGAAGGCCGCCCUCUAUGUGGGCAUGAACGCUGAGGGCUUCCUCUACACAUCUGAUAUUUUCACACCAGAGUGUAAAUUUAAGGAGUCUGUGUUUGAGAACUACUACGUCAUCUACUCAUCCACCAUGUACCGGCAGCACGAGUCGGGCCGGGCCUGGUUCCUGGGUCUGAACAAGGACGGCAUCAUUAUGAAGGGGAACCGAGUGAAGAAGACUAAACCCUGCUCACAUUUCGUUCCCAGACCCAUUGAAGUUUGCAUGUACAAGGAGCCGUCUCUGCAUGAGCUGGAGGAGAAGCUGCUGAAGUCAUCGCGGAGCCCGACACUGAACAGCGGCCGCGCCAGGAGCCUGGACCGACCACAGCGGCGGUCCGCCAACUCCUCCACAGAGCGGGAGGCGUCAUAGCCUGCAGCGCCCCCACAGGAGGAGGAGGAAGAGGAUGAGAACUCCCAUUUUAACAAUCCCUGUGUUCAGCAACUACAACCACACCGACCAACCGCCAAGACAACGAUGACGAAGAAAACAAUGUAAAAAGAAGAUUUUAAAAAUCCGGGAAAAUUCUUCUUGCUUGUGAUGAAAUAUUUUAACGAGCAAGGGCAUGGGGGAGGGGCUUGCUUGAAAAUGAAAAAAAAAAUCAGGACGUUGAUUGAGAUUUACAUUUUAUGCAAAAAGUCCUGCUGAAAUAGUGCCAGGAGGCUAGCACACCUACUCCUCAUCAACACAUUGUAAUCAUCAUCAUUUCUGUCACAAUGAUGACAAAAUAUCUGUGGAGUCGGGCAAGCGCUCCGAACUCUGAAGCUUUAAGUCAUGUAGAAACUUCACUUCUCUUUGUUUUCUAAUGAAUGCUAAAACCUUCGCACUUCCCACACGCUGUGCUUCUUCUUCUUCUUCUUCUUCUUCUUCUUCCUCUCCGUGUUUUCUGUCAAAUCAGACGGAGGAGGUUCUGUUUCAGGUGCCACAAUUUGUUUAGUUUCUUUGUUUGAAAGGUCAGGGACUUGUUCUGGGUUUAGUUAACAACUUUAGUUUGCUUCUCGAAAGCGAAAAAGAAAGACAACAAAGCCAGGUGCUCUUGAUGAAAUUCAUUUGAAGAAAAAAAAACAUGCUAACAGAUGUUAGUAUGAACCAAAAUUAACAACUUCCCCCUAUUUUACCUUGUCUUGAUAAAUAAUGUGGUUAAAUAUUCUGUCAAACAUUACUAAAAUCACCAUACAAGAAAACAGGUAAAACCAUUUGUUAACAUUUCUGUGUUUAAGUUUUUACCUGAGUGGAAAUGCAUUUUGUUGGUAGGGGGCACUUUCUGCAUGUCAGUUGAAGUUAAAGGCAAAAAACUUAGUAUGGAAACAAAGUUUUACCACAAACCUGAACCCUGAAUUUGAUGUCCAACUCACUGGGAAGAAGGUUUGGUUUGUGAGGACAUCAGGUCCUGAUAAAGCUGGUGACCAGACUGGGUCCUCAUGGGGACAUAAAAACAAGAACACACACAACCAAACCUUUAGCUUUUCUGUCAUCCUUAUUACAUGAAAUUAAUUUCCAGCUAAAUGUUUGUCUAAAUAUAACCCAAAAACUUUAAUACCACUGAGGUUAUUGAGAAUGUUGAUGUUUAAGCCAGAAAAGCUCCCAAUGAGGCAACAAAAAUGAGUACACACACAGGUCUCUCUACAAACUACAUGAAGUAAUGCAAAAAUAACUCUAUGUACAAGACAAUUUUUUUCAUUUCUCUGUCUGUGGAGAAGUAAUUACAGUUUUCAAAAUAAAAGAAGUGUAUGUAAAGCUAGCUAAGGUCAAUAAAUGAAAUACAUUUUAUUGAGCUUUGUUUAGAUUACUUUAAGAAUACCAGUCGACUAUUUGCUGCUUCUUUGGCCAGAAAGCGAACACUUCCCAAAAUCAGAAAUAAAAUGCAAAAAUGUUGGCAUG